AUGGACAUGGAACACUCCAGGCCGCUGUGUUUUUUUCGCGCAAUGCUCGCGCGCCCUGCCUUCGGUCCACACCCAGCCCUGCCAGCAGCACCGGCGCCGGCUCGAAGCUGUCCCGCCUGUGACUGGAUGGCAGCCAGCGUGGCUGCAUCAUCGCUGGUUGUGGCUGGUUCCCAAGCGUCCAGAUCGUCCAGAUCGUCCAGAUCGUCCAGCACGCUCGCAUCGCGUCAGACCUACGUGGCGCUGCGGUCCGAGAGUAAGGAGAGUAGCGCAAGCAAAACCGCACAGAAGAAGAGUGGCAACGCCUUCCUGCGUGGAAUUGUGGUUAUGGCUCUGGUUGUUGCCGUCGUUGGUGGUUUAACCCAGGUUCUCCAAUUGCCCUGGGACUUUGCAGCCUGGGCUUUUGGCAUUCAAUGGGCCUUCUUCCUGUUUCAAGCCUGGCCUCAACGCUCAGAGAAGCUCUACGAUGCCUCAGGUUCCUUGACACACCUGGCCCUGGUCCUGGCUGGUCUGCUGAGCCAUCCUCUGCGCAGUCCUCGGCAGAUCUUGCUGAGCGUUGCAUCAGUGGUGUGGUGCACUCGUUUGGGCACCUUCCUGUUCAAUCGCAUCUCUCAAGACAGGGAGGACACACGUUUCACAGAACUCAAAAAAGAAUUUUGGACCUUUUCCAUCGCUUGGAACCUGCAAGUGCUGUGGGUUUUUCUUCUCCAACUCCCUGUAACAUUGGUGAACAGCAGCGCAGUUCAACCAGCCACUGGCAUUUGGGACGUGCUUGGAAUCUCUCUGUGGUCUUUGGGCUUCCUCUUGGAAGCAGUGGCUGAUGGUCAGAAGUUUGCCUUCAGAGGGGUGGCAUCCAACAAGGGCAAAUUCAUUCAGUCGGGUCUCUGGCGAUAUUCACGACAUCCCAACUACUUUGGUGAGAUUCUCAUGUGGCUGGGCCUGAGCAUUUCGUUUUGCAGCUGCUUAAGUGGUCUCAGCUGGCAGCUCUUGGUGUGGCUCUCACCCGCCUUUAACGCCUUCCUCUUGCUUUUCGUCUCCGGCGUGCCGAUGCUGGAAAAAGCUGGUGAAAAGAAGUGGGGAAAGGAUCCAGAAUAUCAGCACUACAUGAAGGUGCAGAUGAAUGCAGCAUUGGACCUGGGUCUGAACAUCGUGGUGUUCGUGGUCCUCUUAGCCGUAGCUGUUUUUCUCUUUACGUCGCAGAGUAAGGAAGCGAAUCAGCGCAAACAUCGAGACCCUUUGAGGCGAGAGUCCAAAGUGACUCCUGAGGCGCAGCAAUUCAGCGCCCCUCUUGAAGAAAAGGUCUCGCGCACGCAACGCUUCGUGGGAAGAGUGCAGCGCUACUCUGAACGGAACGGGAUUGGCUUCAUUGCCAACUCGCAGUGUCGAGCGAAACAUGGGAGGGAUGUGCAGCUCUUUCAGGAAGAUUGGGAAGCUCUACAGCUUCAAGUGGGGACAGUCGUGUCCUUCAUUCUGUCCGUGGAGGAGAGGUUCCCAUGUCCCAAGGGCAGGUCAACGACCGCCUGCUUCCAGGCGCAACAGGUGAAUGAAAAGAGACGCGUAGCCACGGACUACCUGCUGCGAUCUGCACAUCUUGGGGAGCUCAGGGAUUCCUCGGAGCUGUCACAAAGAUUGACCUCCAAGGGCCAUCUGCGCGCGGCAAGCCGCUUGCGGGCGAGACUCUGGGCGGACGGCUAUCUCUUUGUGAGGGGGUUGCUGCCAGCUGAUUCGGUGCGCGCAGCACAGCUCUCUCUCCUCAGUCAAAUGCGAAUCCUCGGCCUCAGCGAUGGCCAGGGCAAGGCCUGCAGUAGCCAAGAGCAACAUGCACCCAACCUUUGUUCUCCGGAGGUUCUUGCUGUGCUGAAUCAUCCAGAUCUCUUCUCCUUCCUAGAUCAUCUCUUCGACCAAGAGUUGCAUCCUCUCUACGGUUCAGCCAACCUGCGCAUGGUGCGACCGUGGCAGAGCACCGGUUUCCACACCGACUCUGUCUAUAUGGGCAAGUUGAUGGAGAAAAACUUGCCACCAGUGAUCGCCUGCUGGAUUCCCGUGACCCCCAUCCCACUCUCCCUGGGUGGCCUGGUGAUCUGUCGGGGCUCCAACUCUCAUCCAGGUUUUCAGCGCUUUCGGGAGACCUAUGGGAAGUUGGAUUUAGAUGAGGCAGACAUCGGCGGCACCGGGUGGUAUACGGAAGAUCCUCAGGAGGUCCUGAUGCUGGGCGGCCGCUUUGAAACCGCCGAAUUCCAGCAAGGAGAUGUGGUCUUCUUCACGAUGCAUACCGUGCAUGGCAGCACCUGCAACUGCACGGAGCGUUGGCGCCUCUCCCUGGACUUCCGCAUCCAGGCAGAGUCCUGUUCCAGUGGCGCUGACGAAGCGAACAAGGGCAGGUGGUCGCGAUUGAGGCACGAUCCUUCCGAAUUCCCGCGGACCAUGGAGCAGGCGAAGGUCUCCUGGGGCCUGACAUCUCCGGUGACCGCCGUGACCGGUGACCGGCCUGACAAGGAGCCCCGAUGGCAGUCGAGUGCAGAAAAAAGUGUUACUGCCAACUCGUCAACCCGUGAACUCUUGAGCUCAUGCUUCUGA